AUGUCGAACAACGGCACAAAUAUGCAGGCCCUUGUUCCAAUUUUCAAAGGAGAGAAGUAUCAUUUGUGGAGUCUCAAAAUGAAGACGAUGUURCGAUCGCAGGAGCUAUGGGAUUUGGUGGAGACUGGUUUUGAAGAUCCGAAUCCGGAGGAACCCGAUCAACCWCUACGYGAYAAARGUAAGAAAGAUGCAAAGGCUUUGUUCUUCAUCCAAUCGGCACUGGAUGAGGAUAUUUUGUCCAGAAUUUCGGCAGUUAACACAGCUCAUGAAGCAUGGGAGAUCUUGAAGCAAGAAUACAUGGGUGCUCAGAAGGUAAUCAUUGUGAAGUUAUAA